AUGAGUUUACAUUGCCCUUUUGAAGGAUGUGAUCGAAACUUUGCAAAGCAACAAGCACUAUUACAGCAUAUUCAGCAUCAACACUGUUUUGUAGAAAAUGAACUAAGUAGUACUAUAAAUGAUCAUAGUAUAAAUUUUCUUCAUUUUCAAGAAGAAGAAUUAUUUAAAAGUUCAAAAAUACCUAAGGAAUCAGAAAAUGUAUCAGAAAUACAGGAAAUUUUUAAUUUUUCCUUAUUUCAAGAAAUUGACAAUACUCAAGAAAAUAUGGAUAAUACAAAAAAUGUUGAGGAAAUUAUAAAUAUUUCAGAUGAUGAUGAUACUGAACUAACUGAAGAGAUUAUGAACAAUCCAAGUGAUAAUAAUGGUAAAGAAUUCAUGAAUAUUUUGGAUAAUACUGAACUAAUUGAAGAAAUUAUAAAUGAUAUGAGUGAUAGUGAUGGUGAAGAAUUUAUGAAUAUUUCAGAUAGUGAUAUUGAUUCAGUUGAUUCAGAAGAUUUUCAUGGAGCCAGUUUUGAAGAUGCAGUAAAUGCAACUCUUGAUAUUAAUAUUUCACAAUGGCCCAAUGAAAUUUAUAAAGAAUUUGCAGAAAUUUGUAUUAAUAAUAAUUUAUCAAAUCAAACUACUGAUUCAUUUAUUCGAUUUUUUAACAAAAAUGCAAAUAUAAAAAAUUCACCUUUACCAAAGAAUUCCAGAGAAAUGCAUAAAUUUAUAGAUUCAAUGGUGGCACCUAAUCUUGAUUUUAAAGAGAAAAAUAUAAUAAUUUUUGAAGGUGUUACAUAUACUCUUUAUUAUCGUCCAAUAAUAAAAACCAUUAAAGCGCUUCUUCAAAAAAAAGAUGUAAUGAAAGAUUUUGUAUUCCAAUUUGAAAAAAAACAAAAAAUGAAUAUAGAUGGAAGUCAUUCACAAAUUUUUGCUGAACAGUAUAAUUGUAAUUGGUGGCAAAAAGCAGAAUCUAAAUUAAAAAUUGGAAAUAAAAUUUUAUCAAUUAUUUUGUAUUCUGAUGCAACACUUUAUGAUAACUUAGGAAAAAUUCAUCAGCAUCCAGUUUUUCUUACUUUAGGAAAUAUUCCUUCUUGGGAAAGAAAUAAAAAAGAUGCUAAAGUAAUAUUAGGGUAUAUGUCAAUUCUCCAAAGUAAAAACAAAGCAACUGAUUAUUUUUGCCAAAUUACACGUAAAAUAGAAAUGCGGUGUUGGAGUAUUAUACUUCGUCCUAUUUUAGAACUUGAAGAAAUGGAGUUUACAAUAAACAAUACACAAGUUACAUUUUUUCCAAGAAUAUCUGUAUUUAUUGCAGAUAUGUUAGAAGCAAAUGCAAUUACAUGCACUUACAAAUCAGCUAUUUGCAAGAUGUCAUGUCCAAACUGUACUGUACUUGUUGAAAAUUUAAAUAAUAUGAAUCUUUCAAAAGAAGACAUAAUUUUACGAACACCUGAAUCAAUGGCUUUUGUUAUUCAAAAUAAAGAAGCUCAUGAUUAUUCAAUUCAUAAUCAAAAAAAUAUCUUUUGGAACUUUAGGGAACUAAAUAUUUAUGAGUUAGUUUUACCUGAUAGAAUGCACCAUUUGGAUUUAGGACUCUUUAAGUAUAUGUUAGAUUAUACACAGAUUCUUUUAACUGAACAAUGUGGAAAUUGGGUAAUUGAAGAGUUUAAUAACCGGUUAGCAGCAAUUCCCAAGUUUCCUGGAUUGAAAAUUUUUAAUAAUGGAAUUGCUACUGUACAAACAGCAGAUGAAUACCGAAUGGUAAUGAAAGUAAUUAUUUCAGUAAUUGAUGGUAUAUUUGAUGACAAAGAUUCAUAUGUUAAAGAACGUAAAUUUAAAAGUAAAAAUAUAUAUAUAUCAUCAACUCAACUUGCUUUAGUAUAUUUUUUCUUUAUUCGUAUGUAUUUAAUGAGUCGUAAAGAAGAAUUCUUAGAAGAAGAUCUAAAUGAAUUUGAGAAUUUAAUUACAAUAUGGAGCUGUGAGUUUGUAAAUGUUUUUGCUAGAUUUAAUCCUAGUAAUUUACGUCUACCAAAAUUACAUUCUUGGAGAUAUCAUGUUAUUUCUGCAAUUAGUCAAUUUGAUGCAAUUAAUGGAUAUACCAGUGAAACUUAUAAGACCUUACAUAAGUUUUAUGUUAAAAAUCCUUAUCGGAAAAGUAAUAAAAAAGAAGUUAUGAAUCAAAUUUUAAAUAGGAUUCGACAAAAAGCCUUAACAGAAACUAUAAAAAAAACUAAAACUAGACAAUUAGAAAUAACGAAUCCUUUGCAACUUGAGGGAAUGGAAAAUCUACAUUCUUCUCUUAACAAUUUUAUAGAUAAUAUGUCUAUAACUUCUUUAGAUAAAGACAAAUGUUUUAUACAACUAUAUAAAAGUGCAACAUUAGUAUCAAUGGAUAUUAUUCGUGCAGAUCCAUCUUAUAAUAAUAUCCCAUGGUUUAGUGAUGUUGCUAUUGUAAUGGAAGAAACAGAGGCUGUAUUAUUAUUAGGAAACAUAAUUAUUAAUAAUAAUUCAUAUAAUACCAUAAAAUUUAGCUUUGCAAUGGUAAAAUGGUAUGAUUAUUGCAAGCAGGAUAAUGAAGAUAUAGAAAUUUAUGAAUGUCCUCGGUUAUUAAUGUUAAAAAGUUAUGACAUAGUACCAUUAGAUUCUAUAACACACAGUGUUCAUAUUAUACCAAGAUUUCAUAAAGAAAAUGAAUUUUUGAUGAAUAGAAAUAUUUUCUAA